CACAUUGAGAGCUUUUCAUGAUGCCGGUUACUUUUUUCUUGAACUAGAGAAUCUGAAGAAGUUCAUCAGAGAUGUAAAGAGAAUCUGGCAACCGCGCGCAGUAACUUUACGCACGGUCAAGUUGAAGUACCUAAUUUCCACUCUCGCGCGCGCACACACAUACACACACAGACACACACACACACACACCAUGGAGAGACGCGCACCGCAGGACAUUCACUCUUCAGUCCCCCGGCUGAAAGCAGGCAGUUGGAUGGACACGCAGCGAGCCAGAUGUUAGGUGAGAAAUGCCAGCUGUUGAGAGGCUCGCGAUGCUUCUGAACGGGAGUCAGGUGAACGACUCCACUGCUGGAGAUCACGCGCUCCACAGACCGCCGUGGAUCACCACAACACUCGGCUGCUUCCUCAUCUUCACCAUCGUGGUGGAUAUUUUGGGCAACCUGUUGGUUAUUUUCUCCGUCUACAGGAACAAGAAACUUCGGAACGCUGGGAACAUCUUUGUGGUGAGUCUGGCUGUCGCAGACCUGGUGGUUGCUCUGUACCCAUACCCACUGGUGCUGGGGGCCAUAUUCGGGCAUGGCUGGCAUGCGGGGGCGGCGCAGUGCCAGAUCAGCGGCUUCCUGAUGGGCGUCAGUGUCGUUGGCUCUAUUUUCAACAUUGCGGGCAUCGCUGUAAACCGCUACUGCUACAUUUGCCAUAGUCUACGCUAUGAACGGCUGUUCAGCGAGCGGAACUCUGCAUGCUAUGUGGCACUGAUCUGGGCGCUGAGUGUGCUGGCUGUGGUGCCUAACGUGUUCGUAGGCUCGCUCCGCUACGAUGAUCGGGUCUACUCGUGCACGUUUGCGCAAUCGGCCAGCGCCGCAUACACCCUCGCUGUCGUCUCCUUCCACUUCCUGUUGCCCAUCCUGGUGGUGGCCUACUGCUACCUGCGCAUAUGGGUGUUAGUGAUCCGUGCACGGAGACGCGCCAGGCCGGAGACUCGGCCGGGUGGAGUGACGCCGCAGGACGUCCGCAACUUCGUAACUAUGUUCGCCGUAUUUGUGCUUUUCGCCGUAUGCUGGGCGCCGCUCAACGCCAUCGGCCUGGCCGUGGCUGUAGCACCCGAGCGAGCUGUCCCUGAGUGGCUCUUUGUGGCCAGCUACUUCCUGGCGUACUUUAACAGCUGCCUCAAUGCCAUCGUCUAUGGCGCGCUCAACCAGAACUUCCGCCGUGAGUAUAAGCGCAUAAUCUUGUCGCUCUGCACGGCGAGCGUGUUCUUUCCGGAAAACUCGAACGAUGCGCAGGAGAGACUCCGAAGCAAACCGUCACCACCCAUGACCAACAACAACCAGGUCAAAGUGGACUCAGUGUGACCAGUGUUUGUGUGUGUGUGUGAAAAUUCUUAAGCAAGGUGCUCUUACUAUGAACCAAGAACAAAACAAAACAAAACACAGAUUGAUGAAAGAACACGUAAACAAACGAAAACAAAUCUGUGGAUUCUCGUCCGUUUCUAUGGAAACCUGCAGGGAAAAUAAAUCAGCUUGUUUUUCAGAUGUUUUUAUGAUCUCACACUUACACGGGUGUCCAGCAUAUUCUUUUAUUGUGGGGAAGUUUUAAAUGUUUUUUUUUCUUUCAAAAAUUAAAUGUAUGAUGUGUAAAAAAAAAAAAAAAAAAA